AUGCUGGUCGGACGGAAACAACCCUUUCGGAUGAUGAGUUCCACUGUUCAACUGUGCAAAUUUGCUGGACUCUGGGAUGAGAAGAAUCAACGAAAAGCACCCUGGCAAGCCGUGUUUAUAGCAUUCAGUCUGAUUUUCUGGUACAUCCUACCAAGUGUGGCGUUCAUUAUUCGAAACGAGAAAAAUAUAACAUUUCAGCUAAAACCGAUCUUGGAGCUAUUUGCCAUGAACGUUUUUACCGUACGGCUUCUGGUUCAUUUGCUGUACCGGGAGACGCUUCAACUGUGCUAUCACGAAAUGCAGCACGUGUUCUCCGACUUCGAGGAUAACCCAGAUGAAGACGUAAGAAGUAUCUUAAAACAUUUGCUGAAAUCGGCAGAUUGGCUCACAAAAUAUUACACUUGCGGUGUAAUGCUUCAAGCCUCAAUAUACGGCUGGGUACCGGCAAUUCUAACCAUUAUUAGGUACAUGAUCAGCGCUGAUCCUCCCGAGCUACCGUCGACCGUACUGGAAGCGGAUUUCAUAUUUUUCGAUCAUAAGUCGAAUUUCUGGAUGUGGCUACCGUCAAUGAUCACAUCGCUGAUUGUUCAGUACAUGAUGCUCACCGCUAUGUCCGCAAACGAGUGCCUCUUGUGGAACCUUCUGCAUCACGUGUCCUGUGCAUUUAAGAUCAUCGGAAUGGAGAUAUCUAAACUGAAUCAGUGGAAGGAUCCCGUUCAGUGGCGAAGAAAAUUUGCCGUUAUUGUAGAAAACCACGAAGUUUGCUACAGGAGUGUUCGCCAUCUAGAAAAUGCACUGCGUCCGGUGAUGGCGAUACUGUAUUGUUCCUGUGUUCUACAGACCUGCUAUAUCAUGUUCGUCGUCAGUAUGGUUAAGGAUUACAUCCUGAUCGGAUCGAUGGUUUUUGUAUUGAACUACACCAUAUUCAUGAUCUUUUCGUUUUCAAUGCUGGGAACGGAGUUGAUGGAUGCGAGCGCCUCCGUUUCGAAUGCCAUCUACAACACGUGCUGGUACGAACGGUCGGACGUGGAAAGGCGUUCCUUACUGUUCAUGCAAAUGAGAUCCCAGAGGGAGGCUACCAUCAGCGCGGCGAAAUUUUUCUACAUUACCCGAGGAACAUUCGCAGGGGCUAUGAAAUCAGCUUUCUCAUACUUUACGAUAAUGCAACAAUUCUACGGAGAAAACUAAUUGGCUUUCGCAGCUUAUUUUAUAUUCUACCGUGACGAAGAUGAUUGUCGCACGACCACAGUAAUCAAUA